AUGAGCCAAGUGAACAAGCGCAUGCUCUAUGUCGGCGGCCUGGCCGAGGACGUCGAUACAGACAUGCUUCGGGCAGCGUUCAUUCCCUUUGGAGAUCUCGUGGAUGUUCAGAUCCCCAUGGAUCCCAACACAGAUGGACACAGGGGCUUUGGCUUUGUUGAGUUUGAGAUGGUUGAGGACGCAAAUGCUGCCAUUGACAACAUGGUCCCACGAGGCGGAGCUGCUCGGGCGUACACGACACAAAGGCCGAGGCCCGAGACUGGUGAGCAGGAUGCAUCGGACCUCAUCAAGGAGAUGCGAGAGGGCAAAAACGCAGCGCGGGCUGACCUCGAGAAGCGAUCGGCCGCCGUCGGCGCGAGCGAGGAUGAGGCGCCUGUGGCGAAGAAGGCGCGUGCAGAGAACCCGCGCAUCUUCAUGGACGUCACCAUUGGCGGCCGCUCCUCCGGCAGGCUCAUCAUCGAGCUGCGGGCGGAUGUGGUGCCGCGCACAGCUGAGAACUUCCGCCAGCUGUGUACACAUGAGCAGGGAUUUGGAUUCAAAAACUCGUUCUUCCACAGAAUCAUCCCAGGGUUCAUGGCGCAGGGCGGCGACUUCACGCGCGGCGACGGCACGGGCGGCCGCUCCAUCUACGGCAGGACAUUCCGAGACGAAAACUUCGACCUCAAGCACCAGGGCCCAGGCACCCUCUCCAUGGCCAACAGUGGCAGUAACACGAACGGCUCGCAGUUCUUCCUCACGUUCGCCAAGACAGACUGGCUUGAUGGUAGGCAUGUUGUGUUUGGCCACGUUGUCGAAGGCAACUCGCUCCUCAAGCGCAUCGAGGAUGUUGGGACAGAGAGUGGGAAGCCCACGAAGAAGGUCAAGAUUGUGGCGUGUGGCGAGCUGUAGGCGUGCGUGUUGUGGCUCUUUCUUUCCUUUCACUUUGUUCGACGGCUCUGUUGUCUGUGUGUCUGUGUGUCUGUGUGUGUGUGUCUCUGUGUGUGUGGGUGUGUGGGUGUGUGUGUCUCUGUGUGUGUGUGUGUGUGUGUGUGGUUGGUUUGGAGUUGUGAACACAAAUUUGAUGAGAAUACAAGAUACGCGUGUGUG